AUGGAGAAUUCCCAGAGUGUCCCUGUAGACUUCCAGGCUAUGAUUAACGCAGCUGUCGCUGCCUCUGUGGAGAAGGCACUCUCCAAGGCCCGAGCUUCGGCUCCUGACGUACCUAAAACUCGCAGGCGUCCACGGCACGAGUCGGAAGCCGACCUGUCCGACUAUCAGACAGGGGAUGAAUCCCGCCCUACGAAACGCCAUGACAAAGGCGAGGACUAUACACCCAAACCACCCAAGGGUAAGACACCUGCCAGGCGUAAACCUGCCAAACUUCACACUCCGGCCCCGCGUCAGGAGUACUCUUCAGAAGAAGAACAGGACCCUACCCACUCCAUGUCAGUGCUAGAUGAGUGGCAAGCUGACGCUUCAGAGUCGGAUUACGACGCAUGGGGCUCGGACGAGAAGUCUGUUUCUGCUUUCAUGCAGGAGACCCUCCUGGGUGCGGUCCAGGCAAGAGGUAUCGAAGACACUGCUGACGCAGAACCUCCUCUUGACUCAGACACCAUUAUGGACCCCUCAGGUCAGGCGAUGUUCGAUCCUCGCAACAUACGACACCCCAGAUCGGGUGAAUGGUCGCCUCCAGAACACCUUUCCAGGUUCAUGCACCUGUGGCUCCGCAAACCUCUGGAGAAAGAGGUCCGCAACCGACUCAGGUCUGAAUGCCCACGCCCUUCCCUGCCGGAUAAGGUCGCUCAGACCCCAGAAUUUGACAAAGUUAUGACAACCUUUAUGAUGCGCAGUGGCAGAGACCCUCGACGGGGCUUAGAGAAAGGCCUAUGGGGCGCCCAAGAUAACCUACUGGAUUCCGUAGGCCCCCUGGCUCGCAUUAUGUAUCUGGCGGAUGAUGCCUACGCCAAAGCCGAUUCCUUCUCCACCGAGGACUUCAGGGAAUGGGCACAUGACAUUCGUGAGUGGGCACAACGUUGUUUUUGUUUCAUCGGAAACGCCAAUGUUACGCUCUCUUCGGAGAGACGAAAAGCAGCGUUAUUCCGUAUUAACGGUAAAUUGGCAGACCUUGGCACAAAAGAGAUUGGGCCCCAGGCGCAAGGAAAACUUUUCGGUGAACCAUUCCUCAAGGAAUUAAACAAACAUGUCAACGUGUUCACCUCCCUUAAUAAGGCGCAAUCCUCAAUGCGCAGUGUCUUCAGGAGCAACCCUACCAGAGGGGUUUUUGGAAGGGCUGGCCGGCAACGGGGCCGUGCCGCCAGCCGAUUUUGGCCUUCAGGCCCCCGUACUCAACCAACACCAUUUUAUCCGACAAGGGACUAUCAACAACGACCCUUUUCCAGAGGCUCGGAUAGAGGCCGUGGAAUCCGCGGACGCGGACGUUCCCGCUUUACUGCAGCGUAACCCUCUUCAGGUCCUCCACUGGUCGCUGGUUUGUUAAUCUUACGACCCGAUAGGAUGAGAUGAGAACUUUGUUCGGUCUUACCUCCAACCUCGUUUACCAGAAGUCUCCUCCAGUUCUACUCGCCAGAAACCGCUGUUACAGUUUUCGUUGAAUUUCUGGAUGUUCGAGCUCAACCUGGACUUUGAUGUCGCUUUUAGAAAGAGGAAGUGCACAGGCAGCAUGACCCUUAUAUACUAUGUGGCGCAGUGAUCUACUUGUUACUCUUUACA